UCCCGUUUGAUACAAGGAAGAAGGGGCUGAAGAAAGAAGCCUGCUUUUUCUGCAUUAAUGCCAUGCAGCCUGUGCUUAGCUUAUAACAGACUAUUUGCACCACUAUCUUCCAUAAACUUGACAGGAAGAGAGAGAGGAGAGAGAAUCCAUGAGUCACCUGCAAGACAUUCUGCGUCUGCAAAUGUUACAACAGAGAGGAUCAAAGAAUGAAGAUCAAGAUCAACCAGAAGAUGUUCAAGAAGAAGAACAACAAUCACAGAAGAGACUAAUUGGUCAAUAUCAGCAUGUUCAAGAACCACCAAACUAUGGACCAUUAAAUGGCAAGAUGUUGAAUACCCACAUAGCAAAAUCCUCCAGGAAAAGUUGUUACUCAAUGUCUUCUUCUUCUUCACAUUUGGCAUCUGAACAAGCGAAAAUCAACAAUGCGAGAUAUGGGAAGAUUGUAAAAGUUCAUGGAGGCCACAUUGUCCGAUCCACUGCAAGAAAAGAAAGGCACAGCAAGGUGUACACUUCCAAAGGUCCUAGAGACCGGAGGUUCCGGCUGUCAGCUCCGACUGCUAUACAGUUCUAUGAUGUCCAAGACCGCCUUGGCUACGACCGGCCAAGUAAGGCCAUUGAUUGGCUCAUUGAGAAGGCCAAGGCAGCAAUUGAGGCUCUCUCUGAGUCUGAACUACCUGGAAAAGAGUAUGACUGUACUAAUAUCAACAACUCUGCUCAACAGACAGAGCAAGACAUUGGAGAAGAGAGUAUGCGUCAGUUUCAGCAUCACCAGAGAAGCUAUGGUGGUGAACCAGAAAAACUGAACAAUGUGAACAGUUUUAAAGAACCAGUUCUUGAUCACUACCAGUUAAGUUCAAUGAACUAUGCUGAAGAAGCCCUCAAUUCUGGCUCAAGUUUAACAGAUUCCAAAAUGGAGGUGGCUUGGUUUCAAAGUUUGUUGGCUUGGAAUUAUAAUGCAGGUGAUGGAGGAGAAGGCUGUCCUUUCAAUUCAUCCCAUGUAUAUCUGCAAUAG